AUGUAUGUAUGUACAUGUAUUUUUACAAUAUUAAGAAGCGGAUCCCCGGCCCCAGAAUUUAGCCGGCAUAGAUUGGUACGACCGAUCAUUCAGCAUGCGAGAACCAAGAGGGAGAUAACAUCAACCAGACACACGGAAGGCAUACACCAUCCAGAGCUUGUUAUGAAAAUAAACUUUGAUGGCCGGGAGCAAGUGUUGGAUUUGAGACUGAACGAAGAUCUCAUCACCAAAGACCAUGUGAUAGCGUACCAGAAGAAUGGAGAGACGGUGGUACAUAAACCUACAUUGGAGGAGCUCGACAUAUGUCAGUACUCUGGCAAGGUGAGAGACAAGAGAGGCUCGUGGGUGGCUGUGUCCACGUGCGACGGAGUUAGAGGGAUCAUACACGACGGACGGACCAUGAGAUAUAUACAACCAGCUGAUAGAAACGAAAUCGACUCUGAACACUACUUAUACGAGCACUCGGAUUUGAACACCGACUUCCACUGCGGGUACAGCGGAGGCAUUACCACCAAUGAGACAUACGACCCCGAACUUAUGAAGCGACACACAGACAGUAGAAACAUGGAGAAGAGCAGGAUAAGUCGGUACAAACGUGAUGUCUAUGAAGACACGGAGGUGAGAGGUCCGUUCAAUGUGAACAAACUGUCUCGCUUCGUGGAGCUCGUGUUGGUGGCCGACUACAGGGAGUUCAGAGCUAACGGGGAGAGCAAGGAGACGGUGCACAGGCAGCUCAAGGAUGUGGCUAAUAUUAUUAACUCUGUGUACACCCCACUAAAUAUCUUCAUAGCGCUAGUGGGCGUGGUCGUGUGGAAUGAAAGAGACGAAAUACGAUUAGAGGAGGACGGAGAUAAAACUCUAACAGAGUUCUUACAUUACAGGAAAAGGCUUCUACCUAUCAUGCCCAAUGACAACGCGCACUUAUUAACCCGCCAGAAAUUUAAAGAUGGCGUCGUGGGUAAGGCUCUUAAAGGUCCGAUAUGUACGUAUAAUUUCUCGGGCGGUGUCGCCACAAAUCAUUCGGAGGUGAUCGGUCUUGUGGCGACCACGAUCGCCCACGAAAUGGGCCACAAUUUUGGCAUGGAACAUGAUACAGACGCUGACUGCGAGUGUCCAGAUGAGAAGUGCAUCAUGAGCCCAUCAAGUACAUCCGUGACCCCUACUAAGUGGUCGUCUUGUAGUUUGAGGUCACUCGCCUUAGCGUUCGAGAGAGGAAUGGAUUACUGUCUGCGUAAUAAACCAAAGCGUUUAUUCGAGCCAUCUACUUGCGGUAAUGGAUUCAUCGAGCCCGGCGAGCAGUGUGACUGUGGCCUGGCGGGUGAUCCAGCCUGCACCGCUUGCUGUCACCCGCGGGCGUGCGUGUUACGCUCUAACGCGACGUGCGCGGCGGGAGAGUGCUGCGAUACGACGACUUGUCGUCCGAAGCCGGCGGGGUCGGUGUGCAGGGCGGCCGACAAGGAGUGUGACCUGCCGGAGUAUUGCAGCGGACACUCGGAGUACUGUCCGAUAGACGUGUACAAGAUGGACGCCACGCCUUGUGGAGGGGGGAAAGCGUAUUGUGCGGGCGGAUCUUGUCGAACCCACACGGAUCAAUGUCGACUACUGUGGGGUUUCUCAGGAGAGAACUCGGACGUUCAAUGUUAUACCAACUCUAAUACUAAAGGGGACAGGAAGGGUAAUUGCGGCUACCAUCGCGAAGACCCUCCGGUCUACUACAAAUGUUCUAAAGAAGACGCUCUCUGCGGUCUACUACAGUGUCGCCAUCUGAAUGAGAGACUUGAAUUCGGCAUGGAAUCAGUUUCAACGCUCUCAGCAGUUUUCAUUAAUAAUAACGGUACAAUAAUACCAUGUCGCACAGCCAUGGUUGAUAUGGGGACUAGUGACCCCGACCCGGGUUUUGUACCAGACGGCGCGAAAUGUGGAGAUAAUAAAAUGUGUUUGAAACAUAGAUGCGUUCCAAUAACGGAAGUGACGGCAGAGAUCGCUCGUAAAGAAACAUCCGUCUGUCCGUCAAAUUGUUCGGGUCAUGGUGUCUGUAAUUCAGAAGGUCAUUGUCACUGUGACUCGGGCUUCGCCCCUCCACUGUGUGAGCUCCCCGGCCCGGGAGGCUCCGUGGACUCCGGACCAGCUACUGACGCUUCAAUUCAACGAAACUUCAUGGUCGCUAUGUAUAUAAUAUUCCUUGGUAUCCUGCCGUCCGUGCUACUGGUUAUGCUACUAAUGUACUACUCGCGUCACAACGUGCUACUCUGCUGGAAGAAACCAAACAAAUCUGUUCAAUCGCCAAAGAAGAACAGCUUGCAGCGUCGCCUGUCACGAAGUGCGACGAAAUUUGCUGCAAAUUUCCAAAAUAAUUCACAAAACAACGCCCAACCUGUCAAUGUUCAUACUCUGUCGAACUCUGACGACAUGAGCUCGAGCCUCCUCAGAAGUGAUUCCGAACAUAGCCCUUCAGGCAACAUAAACCCAUCGGUAAAUUUCUUCGGAAACUUCAAAGGAUUCUCACUCACCCCCAUUGAUAAGAACGCACAAAACGAACCCGAAGUCAAAGAUAAAAAAGAUAAUGUACAGAAAAGCGCCAAAAUUACACCCGUACAUAGAAGUGGUAGCAACAGUCAGAAUAUAGCCCAGGGAUCGAAGCCAAUAUUAAGAUCAGCACCUCCGUUGCCCGUUGUUCCGAAUACAGCUAAACUAAGCCCGAAAACAAGCCCAUCUAUCAAACGAACGAACAGCUCGGUUCAGAAUCGUAUUAAAGCUUUCAUGGGAACCGAAAAGGCUGAAGAAAUACCCGCAAAUACUGCUCCAAGACCGACAAUAUCUAGUCCUAUUCUUGAAGCAUCGACUUGUACAGCGAAAGAACUCAUUUCUCCUCUCCAGGGUUCCAAAACCUUGGGUCCUAUCCGAGCUGCGCCUACAGUUCCUGACUUCUCCCCAGAUUUACCAAAGAGGCCGUUAAGCAUGCACUCAGCGGGUAAUGUACCACAAAAACCACUGCCAGAAGAACCUAAGAAGGUUAAAGAAGGCAUAUCUCUCAAUAGGAUCGCUUCGUUCCUGAAACAAGAUAAACCAAAAGAUAAAGAUAGAAACCCGGUGGAGAGAAGCCACUCACUACCGAAGAAUGGUAACAACCAAUUAAAAGUCAAAACCGGUGAUAAAGUCGCUCUGCGCAAUUUGCAAAUAUCUGGUCCUAUUUUGCAAAAAGAAAUAGAAUUACCUGUUACAACCGUCCCAGUUGUAUCGGAUUCAGAAGAAGCCGACGAUUCGAAGGCUUUCGUAAACAGAGCGCAAAGUAUGCGAGCACCUGUUAGCCAAAAGCCAGUGCUACAAAGCUUUGCAUCGAUGAGACAAGCGCCGGGUGUACCACGACCCUUAUCAUGUGUGGGAAGACCGACGGCGCCCCCUCCCCCGUUGCCAUCACAACCGAAAAACGAAGAACAAUCUAUCUACCAAAAUCCAAAACUGCAGAAUGACAUCAAAUCUACUGAUUACGUCGAUUGCAUAGAAGAAAAACAAGUCCCAUUGGCACAUAUCGAUGAAGAAUCUGGCGACAAUAUUUACGCUAUCAUAGAAGAAAGUCCAGAGAAGCAUUUCAAACCCUUGCCGGGACGUCCUCCUAAUUCUACGCAGGCUCCAUUCGAAGAAUACAAUGUACCGAAACCUAUAACUUCCAAUUCGGGAAGCUCUGAAAGUUUAGGUCUGCUUGGAGAAAUUGUCAAUGAAAUACAAAACCGCAAUUUCGAUUCAAUUUACUGCACCAAUUCUUUGGCGAGAAUGAAAGAUAAGAACAAAAAUACCGAUAGUAACAGAGAUAGCACAUACAUGAACACAGAUUAUAAAAGUCCAGAGAGCGUUUACAGCAACUCUGAGACGAAAUCUAGCGCGGCCUCUACAACUAGUAGCGGCUACCUGCACCCGUCCGCCGUUAAUGUACCGACUUACAUGCAAAAAGAAAGCGAUGAGCACGAAAUCGAAAAGCCUCCGUCCCCUACAUUAAAAACUAAUUCGAAAAUACCUACGUUUACAAGACAAAUCACUCCGCCGGGGUUAAGAACAUUCAAAAAUAUACCGCAAUCACCGAAGACGAACACCAGGAAUAAUCUCAAAACGAUUCCAAACAGUCCCGACCUAGUAUCAAGCUGUGCUGUUCCCGAAACACAGAAUACUAAGGCUCCUGAUAUUAUAAACAAUAAUAAAACAGAACCACCUAAGUUAGCGACUAAACCAAAUACGACAAAAACGACCGAAAACCGACCCCCACUCAAACCGGUUCCGUCUGAGAAGAAACCUAAUGUUAAACCGACACCGGUCCCAAAAACUAAUUCUGCCUUAAAUAUGAACAAGGCAGAUAAAAAUCCUCCCUUGAAUAGAACUACAUCUAAAACAGAUUCUAACGUUAAGGCGAUAGCUGAUAGUUUGAACAAAAAUCGACCAAAAAUUGUUCCAAAACCCAACAACAUACAGAAGACUGAAGCCGUUAAAACAAAUGCUACAAAAUUAUCAGCUAAACCGUCAAAUGUUGCGAGUUUGCAACAGAAAUUUGAAAACAGGAAAUCUUUAGGGAAAGAAAUAACUGUCAAAAAAUAA